GAACGCUCAACACCCGUUGAGUAUGGCCGGUGUCAGUAAACCUCGGAAAAAGGCGUAAUUAAAUUGUUGCUAUCAUCGUCACCAACGCUCUGAAUAACAUGAACACAGCAUAACCAGCGCGAGAAAGGACGAGAAAAAUUGUCAAGAGUGAGGUGUUCUCUCAUUUAUGCCAGGAAGUAGCUAGCAUGCUAGCUAACUUUAGCCAGUUAGCUUGGGUGCUUCACUGCCGUUGUGAGGUCAGAACGCUCAUAUCAACCCUACUCCUCGGCCAUAGCGUCCAGUAUGCCCUCCGAGAGCGAAACACUCUGAAUUUACGUAAAUUCAGAGCGGCAAUGUCCUCUGGCACUCCAGAGUAAAUUUACGAACGCACCCUAUAAUGGUGACGUGUAGUUCUGUGGAUCAUCCACAUGAUUCUGAACGUAGAACAGGUCAAGAGGGGUUUCAUUAAUUACUACAGUCACAAUUGGCUAUCGUAAAAACGAUAUGGUUAGCAGUGUAUAGCCACUUUAAGUUUAAAAUUGCAUUUGAAGAAGAUACAUUGUAGAUAUAGGCGGGGUUUAUGACUUAGUGGCUGUGGUAAAUAGUGACAACAUUCAUCCAUUCCGAAACUGAUGAGGCGAUUAGCCUAGAUUUUGUUUUACUACGUUUCAGUUCGGUGGUAAUCAAUACUUGACAAUGGCUGGGGAAAUGUCUAUGAUCGGAUCGGUCAUUCUGGCUUUAUUUCUGGCUGGCUAUCUGGGCCAGCAGUAUCUGCCUCCACCGAAACCCAAAGUGAUCGGCCUAGAUCUGGGGACCACUUUCUGCUCCGUAGGAGUAUUCCACCCGGGUACGGGGGAUGUGGAGGUGAUAGGGGAUGAGGAGGGGCGGAAGAGCAUCCCGAGUGCGGUGUCGUUCACAUCUACGGAAGUCCUCGCCGGUCACGAGGGUCAGAAUCUGGCCGACAGCAAUCCUGAAAACACCAUCUAUGAUGCCAAGCGGUUUAUUGGAAAGAUAUUCGAACAAGAGCUCCUUGAGCAGGAAAGUGCUCGUUAUCCAUUCAAGGUGAUAAACAACAAUGGCAGUGCAGAGUUCUUUGUCACCACCAACCAGACGUUCACAGUUACUCCUGAAUUCAUUGGUUCUCGGCUGCUGCUGAAGAUGAGGAAGAUGGCGGAGCGUCACCUGGGUGUCCCCAUUCAGAGGGCUGUUAUCUCUGUCCCUGCUGAGUUUGAUGAGAGACAGAGGAACUAUACCAUCAGGGCUGCCAACCUGGCCGGACUGGACAUCCUGCGUGUGAUCAAUGAGCCCACAGCUGCAGCGAUGGCGUAUGGGUUACACAAGGUGGACGUGUUCAACGUGCUGGUGGUAGACCUGGGAGGAGGAACGCUGGACGUCUCUCUGCUCAACAAACAGGGGGGCAUGUUCCUCACCAGAGCCAUGGCAGGUAACAACAAGCUGGGGGGACAGGACUUCAGCCAGAGGCUGCUCCAGUACACCAUGGAGAGGGUCCGCCAGCAGUACGGCGUUCCCCCCACCCUCAAAGAGGACAUCCACCACCUCCGCCAGGCUGUGGAGGCAGCCAAGCUCAACCUCACCCUGCAGCCCAGCGCCGACCUCAGGGUACCCCUGCACCUGGAGCCCCAAGGAGACGCCAAGCAACCACCACAGGGGCCCACCAAGGACCCAAUCCCAGUCAUCUUCCAAGCAGUCAUCACCCGUGAGCUGUUUGAAGAGUUGAACGCCGACCUCUUCCAGAAGAUUCUGGCGCCUGUAGAGACAGUGCUGGCUGAGGGCCACCUGGGGAAGGAGGAGGUGGAUGAGAUAGUUCUGGUGGGAGGCUCCACCCGCAUCCCUAGGAUCAGGAAGCUGAUCAGUGAGUACUUUGGGAAGGAGCCCAACACCUCAGUGGACCCAGACUUGGCAGUGGUGACUGGGGUGGCCAUCCAGGCUGGCAUCAUGGGGGGCUCCUGGCCCCUACAGGUCAGCGCUAUAGAGAUCCCCAACAGACACCUCCUCAAGACCAUCUUCAAUUGAUCUAGUCUAGAGGUAGCAAGGAUGCCACCAGACAGAUACUUGCCAUAUUAAAGGAUGGUCUGCAUUCUAA